UGGAUGCGUGAGCGCGAAUCCCUUAUAUAUACACGCUUCAAAGGCCAAGAGUGCAACCAGAACAGAUUUGACCACAGUCGACUGAACUUCGCGGUAACUAAAGUAAAGAUGAAUAAACUCGUGCUCAUUGGAAUUCUGUGCGUCUGUGUCGCCACGGCUCUAAAGCCGAGGGCAGAUACGAAGGCGAAAUGCUACGCUCAGACGGGACUUGCUGUCGACGACGUGAAAGCCAUGAAAACCUCGACCCCGAAACCUGAACAACAGAAAUUGAUCGUCGAAUACUUGGCCUGCUUCAUGCAAGACCGCGCUAUGCUAACCGCCGACGGUGUGUUCAACGCUGACGCGUGCAAGAAGGAGAUCCGCCCCGAGAACUCGGCCGCAGCAAAUCCCGUCAUCGAUGCCUGCGCCGGAAAGCGUGGAUCCACCGCCGUCGAGACAACCACCAAGCUCCUCAAGUGCCUCAAGGAAAAGGACACCAAGCUCCUGGAGAAAUUGGACCUCUUCUAAACAACUUUCAUCGCGGUUUAACCGUGAUGUUAGGAUGUCCGCAUCGAGGCGCCGUUAAAAGUCCGAUGCGAGUUGUAUUUCAUGUCUUAUUAAAAUAAAUUGCUGAAUUUCAUAUUCAAGCUCACUGAA